AUGAGCUCCUUGUAUACUUCAAUCGCGAAUACGUUGUACUAUCUCGGCCAGGCCAGUGUGGACGUCCACCUCGCGUCCCAACACACGCACGCUGUUUUAGCCAUUGUGCUCCACUUCUACACUGCGGCUGUUGAGCUCAAGACGCUGCAGGAACUCUUUGGCGUUGCAUCCACAACAUUGUCACGACUACUGCGAAAGGGCGAAGACGCCCUAUCAAGGGCGCUCAAGUGCUUACCAGCUGCGAGGAUUUUGUGGCCGUCCAAGACCAAGCAGCAGUAUUGGGCGUUGAAGUCACAAGAGUGGUGGUUACACUCGGUGUUUGUCACUGGUGUUCUAUGCUUUGGACUCGAUGGCACGAUCCUCUGUGGUCGCCACAACUGCCCGGGCUCUUGGAAUGAUGGCGAAAUGAGCCGAAGGCUGCAGGAGAUGCUAGCCGACGACAUCCGUGUUGCACAUGGCAUGAAGUUGGCGUCUGACUCUGCUUUUCCUGUCGGAGGGCUUGCGUUGGGCAGAAUUGUCACGCCGUUGAAGCAAGGGGACUUGGAUCGAUACCCAACAGGGUGUCGACUCGGACUGCAGACCAUGAGCCAUUGUAUCACGUCACUUCGCCUGGCUGCAGAGUGGGGUAUGGUGGCAGUCCCAAAGGUCUAG